AGCGUUUCCCGGAAGUGGAUUGUGCGGGUCGGGAGGGCUGCUUUGCAGCGGCCAGUGCCGGGAUCUGUUGGUGAAUUGGUGACGACGGACUGGGGUCUGUGAAGCGGUGCCAAGAUGUCUGAGAGAAAAGUCUUAAAUAAAUACUAUCCACCAGAUUUUGAUCCAUCUAAAAUCCCUAAACUCAAGCUGCCCAAAGAUCGGCAAUAUGUGGUGAGACUGAUGGCCCCGUUCAACAUGAGGUGUAAGACAUGUGGCGAGUAUAUUUAUAAAGGCAAGAAAUUUAAUGCCCGGAAGGAGACAGUGCAGAAUGAGCUAUAUUUGGGACUUCCAAUUUUUCGUUUCUAUAUCAAGUGUACCCGAUGUCUAGCUGAAAUCACUUUCAAAACAGACCCUGAGAACACAGAUUAUACCAUGGAGCAUGGAGCCACCCGGAACUUCCAGGCUGAGAAACUACUAGAAGAGGAAGAGAAAAGAGUACAGAAGGAAAGAGAAGAUGAAGAAUUAAAUAAUCCUAUGAAGGUGCUGGAGAAUCGGACCAAGGACUCCAAGCUGGAGAUGGAGGUCCUGGAGAACCUGCAGGAGCUGAAGGAGCUCAACCAGCGCCAGGCUAACGUGGACUUUGAGGCAAUGUUACAGCAGCACCGAGUGUCCGAGGAGGAGAAGCGCCAGCGGGAGCAAGAAGAGGACCAGAGGGAAAUGGAGGCCAUGAUGGAGCAGGCCCGGAGACGGCGACUGAUCGAAGACUCUGACUCUGAUGAAGAACCCACCCUUGCGCCUUCUCAGCUGCCUGUUCGGGCCAACCCCACAGCCAUCUUAGAGGAGGUCCCGCAGCUAAAGAAGCAGAAGUUGGAGAGUUGGGAACGGAGUGUGGGUGCAUUGGGCAGCAAGUCAAAGCUGGCAGGCCUGGUUGUGGCAAAGAAGGCACCUGCCCAGAGGACCAGCAGCAGCAAUGGGCAUGUGGUCUUGCCCAGCCCGAGCACAGGUGUACCACAGAGUUUGAAGGAUGCCAAUGCGUCACCCCGGAUACCUGGUGCCCUGAGCCAGCUGGGGGCGUACUCAGACAGUGAAGAUAGCAGCAACAGCAGCUGAAGCAUCAGCCCCUCCCCUUGGAGGGAGGCCCCAGACUCAUAAGGCCCCUCCCCAGUGGGGCCUGACCACAGAGCCAGGCUGGAGUGGGUUGAUUUCUUUGUUCAGUGAGCUGAGCAAUGUGAAGAGGAGGAUUGGGGCAGGAGCAACACUGCAGAGCCUCUGUCUAGUAAGCUCACUGUGCUUUCCCCACUUCCCAGCUACCCAGGAACUGGCGGCUCCUCUCCUGGCCCAUAGGCCUUGGGGGAGGGUUCCAUGUUGUGGCACUCUUUAGGGAGUGUCAACUGAAGAUCUGCCAUCCAUUCCUAGCCUCCCUCCACCCCCAACCCCGAUGAGAGCAGGGAUGGCCCUGUAGAAGAUAUUGGGACUCAGCCCUGCCUCUUUUGGAUACCUGCCCCUCAUGCUCAUCAAGCCAGCAGCCAGAGCAGAAUCACUGGGGAGGUGUGGAGUCACCUCUUGCCAUCCUUGGAACUUGGGGGCUUUUUUCUCCAUCAGGGCUGGAAUUCCUUUAUUUCUGUUGCUGGUAUGUCAUUGAUCACAUGCCAUAGAGCAUAGCACUUUUCAUCAGUGCCAUGUGUGGUAGGUUUGCCCUCCCCUGGCCCCACACCAAGGCUAGCUGAUGGCACUUGAACCUUUGGGAAUUGAAUUAUAGGAUAUAUGAUGCCCUAUGAAACAGGCAUUUUCUUUUUCCCUCUACCCUCUUCCCAGAUCUGAGCACCAGAUGGGGCUGAUUCCAAGACCAACAGUGCUGCAGGUGGCCAGAUCAGGCCAACCCAAAGGUCCCUGUUCUUCCCUAUCACUACCCCUCCCCCCACCCUCAGUCCUACCAACCUCAUCUGAUUUGUGUCUAGAAGUCAUUGUCUUAAACCAAAUAAAGAAAACCAAAAGGAUUCGUGAUUAUGCUG